GCUAUUAAAAUAACUGGUUUUGGUUCACUUUACAGUGGUAAUGUGAUACAAAUACACUAAUAUUAUUUCAAUGCUGACAAACUGUACGUUUAAUAUACAAAUAUUUAAUAUAUCUCCAAUAAUUCGAGGUAUGAUGAGUGUGAAAAACUUUUUUGAACUGUUUACAUCCUAAUGAUAUGUAUCUUUUGAGAAUCAUGCGUGUUCUAAGUGCCAUCGAUUCGCUCACGUACACAAACCACAACGCGUCGAUGAUGCUAAAAUAAGCGUUCUAUAAGCGACUCACUAGACUUUGCGUCAUAGAGGUUUCGCCCUCUCAUUCAUUUGAAGCACAUUAUCGGAACCUGCUGCCACAGAAAGCAGUAAGUGUGAUGACCACGUGAUCGUGUGUGAUGUAGAGAUGUGCGUGCCCCGCCCCGCCCCUCAUCAUCACACACGCUGCGCUACUACACUAAUGUCAAUGGUUAUGGAAGAAGAGUGGACACAUUGUGAACACCGUUUAGAGAUAUGAUGCAUGCAUCCACUGUGACUCCAAGCAUCUUGAUGACCACGAACGAGAGUAAGAAUGUGACCUGUGAAAUAUCCUAUGAAGAUGACCGCGUUCCUCUGAUGGUGCUGUAUAUUGUGGUUUUUAUCAUCGGCCUGCCAGCCAACCUGGCCACGGUCUACCUCACCUUCCACCAGGUGUGUCGUAACAACGUCCUCGCCAUCUACCUGCUCAGCCUGUCCGUGUGCGACCUCACGUACCUCUUCACGCUGCCUUUGUGGACGGUGUACGUCAGUAGAAACCACGAGUGGCCCUGGAGCUCCUUGGCCUGCAAAGUGACUGGCUUUGUGUUCUUCAACAACAUGUACAUCAGCAUCUUCCUGCUGUGCAGCGUGUCCAUCGACCGCUAUGUGGCGGUUGUCUAUGCCAUUGAGUCUCGUGGCCUUCGCCAGAAAAACAUCGCUGCUCUUGUGGCGUUUUUGAUCUUCAUGGUGGUGGGCUUGGGUCACGUGCCCGUCUUCAUCAUGUCUGAAGGCAAUGCUGCGGAAGGAAAACACCAUUGCUUUGAGCCCAGCCAGAGCUCAGCGGUAGUUACGGGAUUCAGCUACGCUCGCGUUUGCAUCGGCUUCUUUAUCCCCCUUGCCAUCCUGAUCUUCACCAAUAGAGCCAUUCUUGCCAACGUUCAGGCCAGUACGAGCCUCCAGCCUCAUCAGAAAGGGAAGGUGCGCUACCUGGCGGUGGCUGUGGUAGCGUUGUUUUUGAUCUGUUUCACUCCGUACCACAUUAUCUUGCUGCUGCGUGCCAUCAUCUUCCACUUCCCCAAGCUGCUAGAGGAUUGUAACUUUAAACAGCACAUCUACAUGCCCUAUAAAAUCUCCUUAGGAUUGUCGACAUUCAACAGUGCCUUCAACCCCAUUCUCUACGUACUCUCCAGCAACAACGUCCGUCAGGAGAUCAGAAGAGGCAUGGCAUCGCUGUGUAACAAAGUCAGCUUGAGUCAGCACUCCACGCACAGCAGCCAGCACAACAUGCACAGCUCUAAAAGCAAUUCAGACCCCGUCCCAACAAUGGGCAGUCAAAUGGGAACAGCUUGUCCCACUGCAUGCUAAAAUUUUAGAUGCAUUGGACAUUUUUUGCUUAUUACUUGGAAGAAAGACAAAUCAAGGUUGUUGAAUGAUCAAUACAACAACAACUUGAAGUUUGACAGAUCUUGCAAAAAACUAAAAAAGUGUAUUUCCUGUUAUCAUUGUGAUCAUUUCACACCUCCGUAUCUACUUCCAUCACAGAAUGUUUCUAUAACACCCAGUCUGAGCUGCAGCUUCUGAAUAUCUUGGUCUUCUAUCUAUAUAGCAUUUCCUCCAGAUUGUGGUGAUGAGCACAAACUCAACAGACAUGAAAUGGCAAUCUGACCCACUUUUAAAGUGAUUCACAUCACGUUUUGUUUUUGCAUGGCCUUUAUCUAAAAUCAAUCAUAUCAAAAUAACCGAUACUGUGCAUGAAAGGAGUUCCAAAACAAAAUAUUAGAUGAGAUUGUGUAUAAUUCUCAGAAUUUCUGCUCAGAAUUUCAGACAUAAUGUGGGAUAACAUUCUGUUUACUUGCUACUAAGUGCCUCAAAACUGAUCACAGAUUUGGUGCUACAAACUGGGCAAAUUAUGGCAAAUCCAGUGACCAAUUUAUUGUAGCAGCUCAGUACUUAGUAAACAUGAUUUGUGCAGCUGCAAUCUCAUACAGUGUUUCAAGUCAGCCAAUCAGAUUAGAGCUUGCUGUUUCACACUAUCAGAAAAAAAAUGUGCAAAAUUUGUACUUUUAGGGGUACAAUGGCUUAUCACUGGGACAGAAGUUGCGAAGGUGUCCCUUUUAAGGUACUGCCUCAGUGACAAACUGUUAUAUUCCUAAAGGUACAAUAUUUUUGUUUCUUUGGUUUUUUUUUUUAUUCCUCUUGAGAGUUUGCCUUUUGUGUACAAUAAAGCUUCAAAUGGUGGAUGGUGUGUUGGCUAAUGUCUGAGACUGACUGUUUCAAACGACAUACAGCAUCACAUUUUUAUGUUCUCACAUAAUUUACUGUAAUACAGAUUCAGUGUAUUGUUUUGUAAAUUGAAUGUCAGUGUUAAACUGCAUGCCGUUUGAUGACAGUGUUCUUUGUUUUAUGUACAAACAUAUUUCCUUAAAUUAUUUUUUUGUGUGUUUUAUAAGAUUUUAUAAUAGAUGUGUUUUGCAUUAUGAUUAUUUUUGUUGUAAUGUUAUUUUAAUACAUUAAUACAGACUUUUUUUAGGUGGAACACUCUAUUUUGCUUGAUUUUUUCCAUUUGUCCUAUUUUCCCAGAUUUCAUUUGUAAACUAGACCAUAAUAAAUUGCAAUCAAGCUUUUCUCAUAAAGUCACCAGUACUGAUAAUUUGGACAUAAUGCUACUCUUUUAAGAAACUGUAAAUAAACUCAAGCGAGAUUACAAGAGAA